UUUUGUCUCUUUCUUCCUUUCAUUCUUUUCACCAACUUUGAACUUCUUCACACUUGAAAAAAAUAAUAAUCAUGGAGAAUAGAGUUCAAGAUGACGAGGACCGAGAAGCCUUGGCGGGGCUAAGUUCUGCCCCGCCGGCCAACCUCAAAAUGCAUUCCCAUAGCCAACAACACCGUAGCAAUUCAGAUCAGGUAAAACGCCACCACCCUAGAAAACACAGCCUUGAUAACAUCCCACAUGCCUCUUCCGAACGCUACUAUGAAUCUCCCGAAGAUGCCUGCUUCCCAUAUCAAUCCCCUUCCCUCUCCUCCUCUACAUAUAGAAAUGUUGGUGGGAGUGGUGGUAAUGAGGGACUCCAGCAGAGGUUCGAUAGCAACGAGGGUUCUCCCGAUGAUAUAAAGAAAACCUUACUGCCAGAAUUCAUUGCCACUGGAGGGACAGGAACCUUUAAGGCUCCAACCCGGGCAGCGGUUCAUCCUGGCCGCCCCACAUGUUUAGAACUCAGACCACACCCUCUCAGAGAAACCCAAAUGGGUAAAUACUUGAGAAACAUUGCUUGUACGGAGACACAGUUGUGGGCUGGUCAGGAGUGCGGAGUCAGGUUUUGGAGCUUUGAGAAUGCGUACGACCCAGGAUUGGGGUUACAGGGAAGAGUGAGAAGGGGUGAUCAGGAUGCAGCGCCGUUUCAUGAGUCCGCAAACACGUCGCCCACAAUGUGUUUGAUGGUUGACAAUGGGAAUAGAUUGGUGUGGAGUGGACAUAAAGACGGAAAGAUCAGGUCUUGGAAAAUGGAUCAACCGUUGGAUGAUGAUGCCCCUUUCAAGGAAGGAUUAUCAUGGCAGGCUCAUAAAGGUCCCGUUCUAUCAAUGGUAAUGAGUUGUUAUGGUGAUCUUUGGUCUGGUGGUGAGGGAGGUGUUAUUAAAAUUUGGCCAUGGGAAUCCAUUGAAAAAUCUCUUUCUCUCUCAACAGAGGAAAAACACAUGGCUGCUUUAUUGGUGGAAAGGUCACAUAUUGAUCUUAGGAGUCAAGUCACUGUAAAUGGUAACUGUAGUCUAUCUUCUUCAGAUGUGAAAUGCUUAUUAUAUGAUAAAGUUAAAGCUAAAGUCUGGUGUGCUCAGUCUCUGUCCUUCUCAAUAUGGGAUGCUCAUACAAAGGAGCUUGUGAAAGUAUUUAAUAUUGAUGGUCAAACUGAAAACCGAGUUGACCUGUCAUCAGCACAGCAACCAGAUCAACCAGCUGAAGAUGAGAUGAAAGUAAAAUUUGUUUCCACAUCAAAAAAGGAGAAAUCACAGGGCUUUUUGCAACGUUCUCGAAAUGCUAUAAUGGGAGCUGCAGAUGCUGUUCGUCGAGCUGCCAGCAGGGGAGCAGGGGCAUUUGCAGAAGAUGGCAAGAGAACAGAAGCACUAGUGCUAACUACAGAUGGAAUUAUAUGGAGUGGAUGUUCUAAUGGCCUCCUUGUGCAGUGGGAUGGAAAUGGAAAUCGUUUGCAAGAUUUUACUCACCAUUCCUCCACAGUUCAAUGUUUAUGCACGUUUGAAACAAGAAUAUAUGUGGGUUACGUGAGUGGCAUUAUCCAAGUAUUGGAUCUUGAUGGAAAUCUUAUUGCAGUAUGGGUUGCUCAUAGUAAUCCUGUGUUAAAGUUGGCAGUUGGGAAUGGUUAUAUUUUUAGCUUGGCUACACAUGGAGGUAUACGUGGAUGGUUCCUCACAUCUCCAGGACCUCUAGAUAACAUAAUACGAUCAGAAUUAGCACAAAAAGAAGCAAUAUACACAAGAAGGGACAGUUUCAGAAUUUUAGUUGGCACAUGGAAUGUCGGUCAAGGAAGAGCAUCUCAUGAUGCCCUUAUGGCAUGGUUAGGUUCUGCUGCAACAGAUGUUGGAAUUGUUGUUGUUGGGUUGCAAGAGGUAGAGAUGGGUGCUGGUUUUCUUGCUAUGUCUGCUGCCAAAGAAACUGUAGGGCUUGAAGGAAGCUCUAUUGGGCAGUGGUGGCUGGAUACUAUAGGGAAGGCAUUAGAAGAGGGAACAACUUUUGAACGUAUGGGUUCUAGGCAACUUGCAGGCUUACUAAUAUCUCUUUGGGUGAGGAAGAACCUUAGAGCACAUGUAGGAGAUGUCGAUGCUGGAGCAGUUCCAUGUGGCUUCGGACGUGCAAUUGGCAAUAAGGGAGGUGUAGGUUUGAGGAUCAGGGUUCUUGACAGGAUAAUGUGCUUUGUGAAUUGUCACUUGGCCGCUCAUUUAGAAGCAGUUAAUCGUCGAAAUGCUGAUUUUGAUCACAUUUUUAAAAAUAUGACAUUCAGCCGAUCAUCAUCAAACCUUACAUCAGCUGGUAUGCUGCGACUCCUGUUUUUGUGUUGCUCUCUUGCCUUCUCCACAUAUUUAUUCUGGCUGCUUUACAUGUCUGGCAUGCCAUUGAUCCUAUCUAUUGCAGCUGGUGUCUCAACAAACACUCAAACGCUAAAGGGUACAAAUGCAGUGAGUGCCAACUCUGAAGACUCAAAGCCUGUUUUAUCUGAGGCAGAUAUGGUUGUGUUUCUUGGUGAUUUUAAUUAUCGGCUUUUUGGUAUAACUUAUGAUGAAGCAAGGGAUCUUGUUUCACAAAGAAGCUUUGAUUGGCUUAGAGAAAAGGAUCAACUCAGAGCAGAAAUGAAAGCAGGAAGAGUCUUCCAAGGAAUGCGUGAGGCUCUUAUCAGAUUCCCUCCUACCUAUAAGUUUGAAAGAAACCAGCCUGGUUUAGGAGGAUAUGAUGCUGGGGAGAAAAAGCGAAUUCCGGCUUGGUGUGACAGAAUAAUAUAUCGCGACAGUCGACUGGCUUCAGUGUCCGACUGCGGCUUAGAGUGUCCUAUAGUCUCAUCAGUUGUACAGUAUGAGGCUUGCAUGGAUGUUAUUGAGAGUGAUCACAAACCUGUCCGCUGCAAAUUCAGUGUCCAAAUUGCCCAUGUCGACAGAUCAGUGAGGAGACAAGAGUUUGGAGAAAUUAUUAGAUCGAAUGAGAAAGUCAGGUCCUUGCUUGAAGAAUCACAUUAUGUUCCAGAAACCAUUAUAAGCACCAACGACAUUGUCCUUCAGAACCAAGAUACUUGCAUUCUACGUAUUACUAACAAGUGCAAGAAGGAAAAAGCUGUUUUUAAUAUUAUUUGUGAAGGUCAAGCUACUUUCAAGGAAGAUGGAGGUGAGCCAGAUUACCGUCCAAGAGGUUCCUAUGGCUUCCCACGAUGGCUUGAGGUCACACCAGCUGCUGGUAUAAUUAGACCAGAACAGCAUGCAGAGGUUUCUGUACAUCAUGAAGAAUCCCAUACUCUAGAAGAUUUUGUUGAUGGCGUUCCACAAAACUGGUGGAGUGAAGACGCACGUGAUAAGGAGUUAAUCUUAGUUGUGAUUGUCCACGGAAGUAGCUCAACAGAAAUGAAAAGCCAUAGAAUCCAUCUUCGUCACUGCUUCUCAUCUAAGGCAGUUCGCCUCGAGUCGAACUCAAACUCGAGAAAAAACCAAGGAGGAGGAGCAGCUAAUCGAUCAGAACUUAGACAAUUAAGCAGUUCUUCUGAUAAAGGAGAUGAUCUUCAAAAUUCUCGAAAAUCUUGAAGCUAAAAUUGAAGGCUGAUAAAUACAGAUGCAAUCUUAAUGUAAAUA